AUGUUAUUCUUUAGUUUCUUCAAGACGCUCAUCGACCACGAGGUGACCGUGGAGCUCAAGAACGACAUCCAGAUCCGAGGCACGCUCAAGAGCGUUGACCAGUACCUCAAUAUCAAGCUCGAUGAUAUACAGGUCGUCGAAGAGAUCAAGUACCCUCACCUGAGCUCAGUUAAGAACGUCUUCAUCCGAGGCUCGGUCGUGCGAUACGUCCAUCUACCCGCCGCAGCCGUAGACGUCCCGCUGCUAGAGGACGCGACGAGGAGAGAAGCUGCGCAGCAAGCGGGCAAGGGGAAAUGA